AUGGCUUUAGCAGACAAUGACAAUGACUGGAAUAUGAAGAUUCCUAUAGAGCCUACACCAUGCCUUGUGCUUGUUAAGAAUAUAUCAUCAAAAACACAAGAAAGUACUAUUAAAGACUUUUUUUCUUUUUGUGGUGUUAUUAAGACUUUUGAAAUGAAGAAGAGUAAGGAUGAUGAUCAUCAAGUAGCCAUUGUUUAUUUUGAAAAAGAGUCAGCUGCUAAAACAGCAACCCUAUUAAGUCAAGCUGUCGUGGAUGAUAGCUCAAUAGAAGUUGAGCCUUAUUUUAAUACGGCUAUGGAAGCUGCAGAUACCACUACUACUACUGCUACUACUACUACUACUACUUCUACGGAAAUAACUAAAGAAACAGCUUUAAGUGAGCAAGAAAAUAAAUCAGCUUCUCGCAUAAUGGCUGAAUUAUUAGCAUAUGGUUAUGUUUUAACAGACUCUGUUAUUGCCAAAGGAGCUGAGUUUGAUGAGAAGCAUCAUACAUCUACUCGAGUCAAUGGUUAUUUGAAUAAAAUGGGCAUCAAUUUAGAUAAUUUAAAUCAAAAAUGGCAUCAAGGUUAUAGUGCGAAAGAAAAAGAUGAUAACAGUAACAAUAGACGUGCAUUCACCAAUAGUAGCAUGCAAAACUUGAUGAAUUCUCGAGCAAGUUUAAAAUUUCAAGGAUUCGCUUCUAAAAUAGCUAAUAAAGUAUCUAAUGUUCAUGAAGAAGCCAAAAGAAUAGCUGCAGAAAAGAAGGAUAAAUCAUCACCAGGACCUAUUAGGAAUGAUGAUCACACGUCAACAACAGCAACCAAUAAAUAA